CCACUCUAGACCUACGCACACAGAGAGCACAGCGCUGCAGCCACACACAGGUGUCAGUGGCCAUUCAGUGAAAGGGGGACACGAUGGGGGGCAGCCUGCAAGUUGUCCUAUCAUGUCUACUGUUCUGUGGUGCAGCGAUGCAGGCACAAGAAUUGCCAUCCAACAGAACAGAACCACUCACUCACCUAAUGUCAUUGAAGUCUCUGAACACCAGCAGCUCCCAGGCUACAACCUUAAGUUCAUCAACUACACAUCUGACUGUGUCACACCCCCCCAACACAACUCUGGCCCCGAAGAAUACAACUUCCAUCCAAAAUACCAUCAGCACUCUGCUAAGAAACACUUCAAAUCCCACAAUUUCAUCAGAAACACAAACCAGCAGCAGUCCUAUCACCAGUACCAGCACCAGUCCCAACACCAGCACCAAUACCAGUUCUAGCAGCAGUACCAGCACCAAUACCAGCACCAGCAGCCAUCCCAGCACCAAUAGCAAUUCCACUAGUAGUCCCAUCACCAAUACCAGUACCAGCAGCCAUCCCAGCACCAAUAGCAAUUCCACUAGUAGUCCCAUCACCAAUACCAGUACCAGCAGCAAUAGCAAUUCCACUAGUAGUCCCAUCACCAAUAGCAAUACCACUAGUAGUCCCAUCACCAAUACCAGUACCAGCACCAGUACCAGCAGCAGUACAAUCACCAAUACCAGUACCAGCAGCCAUCCCAGCACCAAUAGCAAUACCACUAGUAGUCCCAGUACCAAUAGCAGUAUUAGCACCAGUCCCAGUACCAGCACCAGUCUCCCCAGCACAGCACAAACUACCGGCUCCAUCACCAACCAAAACACCGGAACUACUAGCAGCAUCAGCACCAACACCACCAGCACCACCCUGGUACAAGAAGAACAUAAGCCGGAGGCUCUUAGCUCAGGAAUCAUCGCAGUUAUUGUUUUUCUGUCCAUAGCAGCUGGUGUACUAGGUUUGGUUGGUAUUCACUGCCACAAGAGCCGACGUAGAUCGUACGGCCAACUUCUGGACAACGAGCUGGACACUUUGGAGAACUUCAACAACCCGAUGUAUGACAAUCGAACCUGCGACUCCUCAAGUGACUCCUGAACACCUCGGUCAGAGGAUGGAGACGCUGUGAUCAGAGAGCGCUCAUAUUUCACUGAUAUGACCUGCACCCUGUUGCUUUUUGGCAUAGAAGCAAAUCAGAUGUUACUAUUGAUCUUUGUUAAAGUACCCUCAUUUGUAUUAUUGCUAUAGCUACAUAGAAAGCCAUGCAUUUUGAAACAAUGGAUCUAUGCAGACUAAAAGGUUGAAUCACAGUGAAUUCAAGCGUGGUCAUCAGUAUUGUCUGUGAAAGAGGAGGGAAUUUGUAAACUCAGGACAUCAUGAUGAAUAUUUUUUUUUCAUACUUAAUGUAGAAACGUCUUUCUUAAUUAAACUGUGAAAUGGUUUCUGUCUGAAAAGAAGAUAAACUUUUAGAUACAACCUGAAUGUAACCAGAGUUCAAAGGUCAGACGGCACGCAUCAUCAGAUGUCCUGGUUAAACAUAUUCUCUAUAUGUAUUUAUAUCAUAAAUGUAUAUCAUCGCCACAGCAGCCCUGCCAUCAUGAUAACUUGUACUCUUCCUCUUUCUCAAACUGUUACUUAUGACGUCCUCCUGCCCACGCUGUUUUUCUCUCGUCCUGCUUCAAACCACAGAAGCUUUUACGAUCUGAUUUGUAAAACCUUCUUUUUUUCUCCCACUUCGUUAAGCGUUAACUCUUGCACACCACACAUGACACCACACAUUUAGUUGACAUAUUAAAAUAAGCUAUUUAUUGAUGUCAUUUGGCCACAACAUCCAUUCAUGGCUGCAUGUUGCUAAAUCUAUUGUACUGUGACUGGACAUUCCUUGACUGAUUAACUCAGUGAAGAAAGGGAAGAACCGGAGAGUGAGCAGUUCAACUCUCCUCCCUGUAAUGUUUCAAUAUCAGGUUAAAAAUUCUGCGAUCAGAUACUUCUCAUUUACAUUUAACAUGUACAUGUACAUUUACACCAUAAACUUUCAUGUUUACUAUCUCAGUGAUGUGUGGUAGCAUUAAAAAACAAGCAAAUUAUAUAGAAAUAAAACGUACAGCUGAGGUUUUUGUCAAUAGUUAAGAACCUAGAUGUUUGGUCAUAAUCCAAUACCUGAGUAUUACACUUGAAUUAGGAAUCGUACACAAAAAGGUUCCAGAAACAUAUCCAUUGCAUUUGGAACCCUGAACCACACAGGAAGCAUUUAUGAACAGCAAUAUACGUUAUCUUUAGUUGGAUCCCUUUAAAACACACAAACACAUGGAGGUCAUAUAUCUUACACACCGUAUUUUUCCGCUCACACAGGAAACGUCUACGAGAACAGAAACUUCUGUGGUUUCAUUUACAUGGAAGAACCGUUGACACAAUUUUAUGUCUUUGACUUAUGACUUUAAGACAACAAUCUGUUUUAGGGUCUGAUAAAAUACUAUUGCAAUGCCUGUCUGAUAAGCUCCAAAACUGAAGGAAGUAUAUAAGAGAUAAGAGAGGAUA